CAAAGGUGAGUGGAGUGAUAAGGAAAUAUCUUCUCGGAGAUAUAAGGCUGUUAUCAACGUUAAUACAAGUUAGGUUUAUAGACACCUUUCCGUAAGCGAGGACAAGUUGAACUGUGCCGUCCUUUAAUCCAUGAGAAAGGAGAGAAGCUGUGUUCAGUGUCCUUGGGAAGAUGAGUGCUAGCACCAGUGCUGCUUGGAAGAAAAAGCCCCGACAUGAAGUUAUGUACAUAAGCAGCGAAAAGAAUGAGAAGACCUUCAGUUUCGAUGACCUUCCACCUCUACCUGUACCCCCUCUACAUGACACUCUUGACAGAUACCUCAUGUGGGUACGACCACAUGUCAGUAAGGAAGAAUAUGAGAAGACGCAAAACAUAGUCAAGAAGUUUGCGGAUGGUGUUGGCAAAGACCUUCAUGAGAAACUAGUGGCAAUUGCAGCAAGGAAAAAGAAUUGGCUUGAGGACUGGUGGUUGCACUAUGCCUACCUGACAGUACGAGAACCAAUCCUGCCCACUAUGAACACAACUGGGCCCAUGCCUCUCAACUUAACCUUGUGGCAGCCAUCAUUCGAAGAGGUUUUUAGGUAUGCAUCAUUGUAUGUCUGGGCAAUACUUGAUUUCUUCGUACUUUUAAGAGAAGAACGCUUGAUGCCGCAGAAAGCUAAAGAUGGAACAAGAUUUAGUAUGGAACAGUUCAGAAGGCUUUUCAAUUGUUCAAGAAUACCUGGCCAAGGGGCAGAUAGUGUGUAUACCAGAUGGAAGACAAAGAGUGAAGGCGAAUGCCCAGAUCAUGUGAUUGUUUUGUGUCAUGGACACAUCUGGACAUUGAACCCUUGGGAUUCUGAAGGGAAGGCCAUGAAUCCACCUGAGCUAGAGCAGCAAAUCAGGCACAUCCGUGAAAGGAGCGAUGCCAUGGGUCCCGGACCUGGUCUUCCUAUCCUCACCUGUGAUACCAGAGAAAACUGGGCAAACAAUCGGGAUUGGCUGAAAUCCUUGAGUCUCACCAACUCACAGAAUUUAGACCACAUAGAAUCUGCAAUUUUUGUGUUUGUAAUGGAUGACACUGCCCCAGCAAACUUUGAGGAGCUAUGCUGGGAGGCACUGUGCGGAGACACAACAAAUCGCUGGGCUGACAAGAGUCUAACAGCCAUCAUGACAAGAAAUGGCUUUGGUGCUACAAACAAUGAUCACACGCCUUAUGAUGCUAUGGUAACAGUGGUCAUGGCCCAUUACCAGCAUUUGUUAUUGGAAGACAUGGGAGGAACCUGGAGAGGCAGCCCUGAUGUACGAAAAUUCCCUAUGCCGUCCCUUGUCAACUUUGACCUUGACAGCAAAAUGUUAGCUGCUGUCUCUGCUGCUAGGGAAACAAGUUUGGCCUUGACCAAGAAUAUAGGUGUGAAAUAUUAUACAUUUUCUACAUAUGGUAAGGACUUCAUCAAAAGCAACAAACUCCAUCCAGAUGCCUUUGUACAGAUGAGCAUGCAGUUGGCUUAUAUUCGCCUCCAUGGAAAACCGGCACCAACCUAUGAAACUGCAACUACUAGACAGUUUUAUAAUGGAAGGACAGAAACCAUGCGCUCGUGUACAGAAGAGGCUGUGGAAUUUGCCCAUGCCAUGCUCAACCCUAAAGUGUCGGCAAGCGAAAAACGCACCAAGCUCUUCAAUGCUGUGAAUCUCCACAAUGAAUUGAUGAAUCGUUGCCAGAAAAAUGAGGGCAUCGAUCGCCAUCUCUUUGGCCUUUACAUCGUUGCUCUGGAAGCUGGAAUGGACACUCCUGAGAUCUUCUUAGAUCCAGCUUACGUUAAGAGUGGUGGUGGAGGUAACUUUGUACUGUCUUCAAGUACAACUGGUUACACUCCACUUGUUGGAGGAGUAGCUGCCAUGGUCCAUGAUGGAUAUGGUUGCUUCUAUAACAUGCUCCCAGACAAGCUAAACUUCUUUGUAAGCACAUACCUCACAUCAAAAGAAUCAAGAGGAGAAGAUUUCUGUGAAGCACUUGCCUCAUCACUUCAAGAUAUGCAAGAUGUGUUGACAGCUCCUACUGCAAGCCUCUAGAAGCCUCAUUUAUACAUUCAUUCAGAGAUUAAUUUUGUUAAUGUGAGCUUAAAAUCAUUGUUCUACACUAGUUGAAAAGAUUUAUUGUGUGAACAUUUUAACUUUUACAUCUUCUAAGUUUUAUCUUCAUAUGAAUUAUGAACAAAAAUGACUGGAAUUGCAUUUUAAUUAAAGAUAUUUAAAAAAAAUCUUUUACCAUAUGUGCUGUACUAUUUCAGAGAGUAGAGAUAACAGAAAAAUACAUACGUAAUUUAAUUUUGUUUAGAGGUUUAUAUUGAUAGGCUUAGAGUGGCAUUUGGAAACUACUUCCAAAUGAUUGUCAUUCAAAUCUCAAAACAUAUCUCAGGCAACAGUCAAUGAAAUGUUGUGUGCAUGUUGUAGUGAUCAUUGGUAAUUUGGUGCUAAUUACACAAUGUAGUAACAUAUUACCAAAUUUUAUCUUGAACAUGCUUUUAUUUCUGUUGUUUGGCAGCAGUAAUUUAUAAAAGAAGGUUGAAAAAGUCUGUUAAUGUAAACAUUUGUUAUUACUGUUCAGUUAUAUGUUUAUAUAGUAUACAAAAUACUUUAUUUUAUUUGUUACUUUAAUAUUUGAAUGCAUAAUAAUAUAUUAUCUUUAUUAUGGUUUAUUAACUUUACAAUUUCUGGGAAAAUUCUUUGUCUUAUAUACAGACCUUACAGGAAUUCUAAUAGUGAAAUGCAUACACUAACAAUUUUAUUGAAUUCAGAACUCCAGAGCAAGUUAGGGCCAUAAGUAGAAUUUGAUUAAUUAAUGGGAAAUACAGAAAAAAAAGAUAGUAGGAUGUAGCUGGUUUUGAAACUAAGCAAUUUUACUGUCAUUUUUUUGUAUUUCUCUUUUAUUUACCUAAUGUGUAGUUCUGCUUUUAUUACUAAUAUUUUUGUUCAGUAUUACUAGAUACCGAAGUAAAGACACAUUUUAAUAAUCUGAUAAGCCUUAAAACCAGUGGUUUGUAAUUUCUUUACCUUUAUGGAUAUUUAGCAGAGACAAGAAAGGCUGUGCUGUAUUCAGAUUAUUUUGAAGGGAGAGUAUAUAAGGAAUUUAUAAAGCCUUGUUUCUCUAAGUUUGCUAAUAGUAAUAGUUUGCAUUUAUUUUGUUUAACUAAAAUGUAAUAUUCAUGAUAGCAGUGGGAAUUUUAGAAAUAUUAUUACCUGUUAUGUUUAGGUAAUUUUUAGUGUGCAUAAACUUGAUUGAUUUGAAAACUUGCUUCACACAAUACAGCAUGUAGUACUAUGUCUGUUGGGACAAAUGUAGAAAAAGUAUGAAUAGAUUCACUAACUUUACUCUGUGCAUUGGAAAGUUUUUUUUUUAAUUUUUUUUAUUACCUAUAUUUUUUUUUACAUAUGUAGUACUAAGGUAAUAAUUCAGUCUAAAGCACUUUGCACACAAUAAAUAGACUUGUACAUCCAGACUUGCAUAACAUCAUAUAGUCUAGGUUUGGUAUCAGUAAAUGUUAAUAUAAAAUUUUGUAAUGUAUAACUAGCAACCAUGUUUUUAAAGUGAAUUUCAUUAUUUACCAUUUGCAAACACUUUAGAGCAAUCAGACUUGCCAGAUAGACAAUUAAUGAUUUUGCAUUGUAAAGGUACAUUUUAUGAUUUUAUCAUUAUUUUUUUCUACAAAAUUUGUGUAAUUAUUUAUUGCUUAUGUUGUAUCAAAUUUCUAUAGAACUAUCUUUGGAAUAUAUAAUAUGAUUUGGAAUUACACAUUUUACUCCAUGUAAGGAUACAGACUUUGUGGCUAGUGGCUUUUGAAAGGCAUAGUUGAAGAAAAGGUAAAUACCAAAUCAGUUUUAUUAAAGGUAUUGUCAGUAUCUUUUACAAGCUAUCAAAGGUUUACCCAUCAAAUAUGGGAAUGUUUACACAUUUCUUAUUUCUAAUCUUGUAUAUUAAGAGAAAGAAUAGUUUUACAGUAUUUUCACAAAAGGCUUGAUAGUUCUUUGUGCUUUUAAGGAACUGGUAUGUAUUGAAUACACUAGUAGUCUUUAAUGAAAAAAUAUCAAUGCAGUAGACUAGUCACAAUUAUUUUUUGUUUGUUUGAAAUAAAAUUUUGAACAUUU